UAGAUAAGCAAUGGAUAAGACUUGACAAUAUAUAAAUAUUUAUUAGCUUUAUGAAUAUAUUAUAUUAACCAAUUUAAAACCAAGCCCAAGAAGUGCACAAAUAUGAGUCGCACACUCACAACCACUGUUAAACGUAUUUUCCAUGUAAAAACGACGACAACAUCUAAAUCAACAUGGCGCAGUAUAAAACGAACACAUCCUUCUGCGGAUCGCAACUCUCAGCCAAUAUCCAGGGUGUUUAUAGCUCAGGUGGACAAAAAAACGCCUGAUCUCCAACUGCUGGAAAUUUCAUCGGGAUCGGGUCAACAUUGCGGUUAUCUGGCUCCUUUGUUUGCCAACAUAACAUUCCAGCCAACGGAGUAUGAGCGUGCCAACUUCCCAUCGAUUGAGGCUUAUGCCGCCGACUGUGCAACGGGAAACAUAAAAAAUCCGCUCUUUGUGGAUAUAUCUCAGGAGCUGCAUCAAUGGGAGCCAGCAACUUUGGAGCAGCUGAAACCGGCAAGCUUUGAUUAUGUGUUUAACAGCAACAUGAUGCAUAUAACCCCAUGGGAGUGCUCUGAGGGCCUAUUUCGUGCUGCUGGUCAGCUGCUCAAGCCUGGUGGCAAGUUGUUCAUCUAUGGGCCAUUUGCCUGGUAUGGUCAGUUGACACCCCAAAGCAAUGUGGAUUUUGAUGCGGAUCUAAAGCGACGCAAUGACGCUUGGGGUCUUCGAGACAUGAAAGAUAUUGAGCAGCUGGCCUUCUUAAAUGGUUUAAAAAUCAACCAAACUGUUGAUAUGCCAUCCAACAACAAAUUCUUGACUUGGGUCAAGAAAUAAACAUACCUGACAACUCUACAUAAAUAUGUAAAUACAUGAAGCUUAUAUUGAUAUUAAAAAUUGAUUCUACAUUUUAGCAAACCUUCAACUCUUAUGUGUCGUGAGCAAAUGUGUAUCGCCUAAAUUUGAUUGAUUGCGUUUCGAUCUUGUCUAGACCUUAACCUUCUCAACUAUUAGAUCUAAUUUCCAACUGUGCUUUGUUGAUAAUACAAAUUAUCACCAUAAUAUCAGAUAACGAUGACGCCGCCAAAGCCUGCUGGUCAUAUAAUUUAUGAGUGUCGGCGA